AUGCUGGGAGCCGUCUGUCUCGUCGUGCUGCUGGGCUACGGUCCCUUUGCCGGGUGUCCCACAGCCUACGGAUGCGGUCAGCCGGCCGUGCCACCACAGCUGAGCUCCCGCGUGGUGGGUGGUGAAGAUGCUGUAGCCCACAGCUGGCCAUGGCAGAUCUCGCUGCAGUACAGUCGCUCUGGAUCCUGGAACCACUAUUGCGGCGGGACCCUCAUUGCCCCCCAGUGGGUGCUGACAGCUGCCCACUGCAUCAGGUGCGUAUUGGGGUGCUGGGGGCAUCUGUGCCAUGCAGGUAAGAUAUCUGUGGGGACUGACACUCCCUCUCUCCCUGGCAGCUCUUCCCUGACCUACCGGGUGGCGCUGGGCAGGCAGGACGUGUCAGAGGCUGACGAACCUGGUUCUGUGGCCGUGGCUGUGGAGAAGAUCAUCGUCCAUGAGGACUGGGAUGACUACUACAUUCGCAACGACAUUGCCCUGGUCAAGCUGGCAGAGGAGGUGCAGGAGACUGACACCGUCCGUGUCGCCUGCCUGCCGGCUGCUGACAAGAUCCUGCCCAACGACUACCCCUGCUAUGUCACUGGCUGGGGAAGCAUGAGGACCAACGGGCCCCUGGCCACCAUCCUGCAGCAGGCUCUGCUGCCCGUGGUGGACUAUGAGACCUGCUCCCAGUGGGACUGGUGGGGCAGCACUGUGAAGAAGACCAUGGUGUGCGCCGGCGGCGAUGGCACCACCUCUGGAUGCAAUGGUGAUUCUGGGGGCCCCCUGAACUGCCAGCGCGACGAUGGGAUCUGGGAGGUCGAGGGCAUCGUCAGCUUCGGCUCCGCUCGGGGCUGCAACACGAAAAGGAAGCCAACAGUCUUCACCCGGGUGUCCGCCUACAUCGACUGGAUCAACGAGAAAAUGAGCGCAAACUGAGGACGCGGCACUGUGGAGAUACCACUGUUGAUCAAAAUAAAAGCAAAAUAUGCU